AUGUUCCAGCUGACAGCCACCCCGGCAAGUGCCCUCGUGGAUGAGCCCGUGCACAUCCGAGUGACAGGCCUGCCCCCACUGCAGAUGGUGACCCUCGUGGCAUCUCUGAAGGAUGAGAAGGGGAAUCUGUACCAGUCCAGAGCCUUCUACAGGGCCAGCAAGGCUGGUGAGCUGGACCUGAAGCAGGAUCCUGCCUUGGGGGGCCACUACGUGGGGGUCCACCCUAUGGGCCUCUUCUGGUCUCUGAAGCCUGAGAAGGCUUUUGAGAGGCUGAUUAAGAAAGAUGUGAUGAACAGCCCCUUUUGGGUCACUCUGGAUCUAUAUGACUCCGUUAAUUUACAAAAGCCAGGGGAGAUUCAGCCCAGGGCCAGCCAGGUGGUGCAGCGUUGGUUCUCCAGCCCUGAGGUGCAGCGGGUGCAGGUCCAAGAAGGUCGUGUGCGAGGAGCCCUUUUCCUCCCUCCAGGGGAAGGCCCUUUCCCAGGACUCAUUGAUUUGUUUGGGGGCAUCGGGGGUCUAGUUGAAUAUCGGGCCAGUCUUCUGGCUACCCGUGGCUUUGCAGUGCUGGCUUUAGCAUAUUUUGCCUACGAAGACCUGCCCAAGCAGUUGCAGGAGGUGGACCUGGAAUAUUUUGAGGAAGCUGCCAACUUGCUACUAGCUCAUCCCAAGAUCCAAAAGCCAGGAAUUGGAGUGAUCUCUGUGAGCAAAGGUGCAGAGAUCGGGCUGGCCAUGGCCUGCCACCUGAAGGAGGUGGCAGCCACUGUCUGCAUCAAUGGGUCAAAUGCCAUCUUUGAAUUUCCGCUCAGGUACCGGAAUCUGGUUAUAACACCCGUCCCCUCGCUUCCGGAGCGCAUGGUGUUCAACGUCAUGGGCGCUUUGAGCCUCCGUAACUACAAGGGGAACCCCCGAGAUGCACUGAAUCAACACAGUGUGCUUCCUGUUGAAAAGGCCCAGGGUCCGAUCCUCUUCAUUAUAGGGGAGGGUGACGAAUGCUUCAAAAGCAGAGAGUACGCUGAGCAAGCCCUGGACCAGCUGCAGAGGCACGGCAGAAGCAGCGGAAAGAUGCUGCUCUACCCCGGGGCGGGCCACCUCAUAGAGCCGCCCUAUUUGCCCCUGUGCUAUGCGUCCUGGAGCCGCGGCCUCUUCUGCCCCAUGCUCUGGGGUGGGGACCCUGUGGGCCACGCGGCAGCCCAGGAGCACGCCUGGGGAGAGAUCCAGAAAUUCUUCAGGCAACACCUUGUUCAGAGCAGAAGCACACUCUAA